CACGCGGGGCCGCGCGCCGGGGUCCCCCUCAACCCCCGGCUGGGGGGGGUCUCGUCCCCGUCCCCACUGCGGGUGGGUUGUAUUUUUUGGGGGGGAGGGGGGCGGUCGGGGGACAAGAGCUGCGCCAUCGCUGGAGCCCCCACUGCCGCCCCCUGGCCCCGCAGUGUUUCCGAGUCUGAGCGUGAUGGAUGCAGAGGGGGGGCCCUCCAGCCCGGACCCCCCCCGGGACCCUGAGAGCACCGCCACAGCCCAUCCCGGCAACGCGGCACCGGGUCGCCCUGCAAAGCGACGUCGGAAAGCAGCAGCAGCAGCAGCAGCGCAGCCCCGGAGCAGAGCUUUGGGGCACCAGCGGGCUUUGGGGCCUUUGGAGGAGCUGCUGGGGUUGCGGGGCGGCCGCCUGCGCCCCACCAUCUGCGGGGAGUGCGGGAAGGGCUUCAGCCGCAGCUCGGACCUGGUGCGGCACCGCAUCACCCACACCGGGGAAAAACCCUACACCUGCGGGGCCUGCGGGAAGGGCUUCAGCCAGAACUCCAACCUGGUCACCCACCAACGCAUCCACACCGGGGAGAAACCCUACAGCUGCGGGGCCUGCGGGAAGCGCUUCAGCGAGAGCUCGGCGCUCAUCCAGCACCAGCGGACCCACACCGGGGAAAAACCCUAUUGCUGCGGGGAGUGCGGGAAGCGCUUCAGCGUCAGCUCCAACCUCAUCCGGCACCGGCGCACCCACACCGACGAGAAGCCCUAUAUCUGCGUGGAGUGCGGGGAGGGCUUUCGCCACAAAUCCCAGCUGCGCCGGCACCAGAAGCUGCACUCGGCUACAAGGGGGGGUUCAAGUACAUCAUUGCUCCCCCCCCCAUCCUUUGGUCCGCAGGCUGUCACCACCUGUGUGUCCCCCCCCCCAUCCCCAGAUCUGUGCUGCUGUCCCCUUAGAGCCACUGACGUCCCCAGAGCAGAGACCCCCCCGGCUGUCCCCAUGGAGCAGGAUGAGCCCUGCGUGGUGGAACUCCACGACCCGGAGGAGGCGGGCAUGGUGCGGAGGGUCUGCAUCGUCGACGAUGGCAUUGUGAGCGACUGCAAGGAGGAGGUGCUGCCACAGGACAUCAUCCAGACCGUCAUCCCCCCCCUUCCCCUGACCCCCAAGGGCAAGAAGCGGGGGGCAGCGGGUGGCCGAGGCGCCGGGGGCUCCGCCAUGGGGGGCUACAGCGAGGAGGAGCAGGAGGGCGGCGGGGGGCGGCUGCGGGGGGGCCGGCAGCGCCCUUUUAUCUGCAACGAGUGCGGGAAGAGCUUCAGCCACUGGUCCAAACUGCUGAGGCACCAGCGGACUCACACCGGGGAGCGGCCGAGCACGUGCGGGGAGUGCGGGAAGAGCUUCAGCCAGAACUCACACCUGGUGCAGCACCGCCGCACGCACACCGGGGAGAAGCCGUACCGCUGCGGGGACUGCGGGAAGAGCUUCAGCUGGAGCUCCAACCUCAUCCAGCACCAACGCAUCCACACCGGGGAGAAGCCCUACAGCUGCGGGCAGUGCGGGAAGAGCUUCACGCAGAGCAAAAACCUCAUCAAGCACCAGCGCACCCAUUCGGGGGCCCGGCCCCACCGUUGUGGGCAGUGCGGCCGCGGCUUCGCGCAGAGCACCAACCUGCUGAAGCACCAGCGGGUGCACGCAGCCUGCAGCCAACCUCCUGCCUGCCCAGAGUGCGGGCUGAGCUGCUGCGACGGGGCCGAGCUGGAGCUGCACCGGGCGCAGGCGCACGGCCACGAGCCUUACAUCUGCGUGGAGUGCGGGGACAGCUUCGCCAAAAGCGCCACGCUCAAACGCCACAAGCGCGUCCACAAACCGGUCUUCGUGCACUGAGCUGGGGGGGGAUGCCCUGCCCAAGGGUGGAGUGGCUCAGGAUGUGAGCCCCGGACCACCAGCCCGCGGUGAACGUGUAGGGUUGGACCCUAUAGAUGUAUAUAGUGUGGGGUGGGGGUGUGUAGGGUAGAGGCAGCGCCGCGCCGCCAGCGAUGCAAAGGGCUGGGAUGUGGGGCGCGGUGGGACGGCUGUAGAAUAAAGCACUUCUGUCUGGGGGA